GCCCCUGCGCGGACAGAGAGCAGCCGCUGCGGGAGUCCGGAGCGGGAGCCCCGCAGGUGCCCAGACCGAGUGCCCCCCGGGCGCAGAGGCGGCACCUCACCGCUGGUCCCGUCGCGGCGCCCAGAACUCCGCGGUGGACGCGGCGGUGAGGCCGGGGCUGCCUGCGGGACGGGACGACCCCGAGAGCCGGCCCGCCGCAUCCCAGCCAGCUCGGCCGGCCGGCUCCGGGUGGGGAGGGGCGCCCCGGACGGACUCCCCCCGCCCUACACUUCUCCUGGCCUUGCCGCAAGGACCCCCUCCUUUCGCUUCCGACCUCGUUCUCCCCAACCCAGCCCCCUACCCCACUCCGGCUGCAGUCUCUCUCCGCAUCCAGGUCAGUUAAGGCGCCGGAGAGAGAAAGGGGGGCAGCCCUCCGGCUCCCCAUCCCGCCUCGCCCCUGCUGUCCCUGGCUGGGCUGGGGACACCCAGCAGGAUCCUCGCCCUUUAAACCCUUCCUCCCCACCCAGAGCAUCUUUCCUCUCCCCACCCGCGCCACUUCCGACAGCUGGCAGCCGCGGGGAGCCCUGGGGGGCCGGCAGGUACGGGCGGCGGGGCGGCUGGGAGCCGGGGAUGGAACAGCUGUGACACCCCCCUCCGCCCCUAGAGGAGCCGCUGGCGGGACUGCUCGGCGCCCCGAGCGCCGGUUAAUCAUUAACCCUCCGCGCCCCGGUUCCGCGCUGCCCGGAGCUGCGCUCGCCCGGCUUCCCAGGUAACGGGCGAGGGUGCGGGUCUCACCCCCUGCCUCCUUCCGCCCUCCCCUCUGCACCCUCGGCCGCCCGAGCCCGGCAGCCGGACGGCCCCUGCAGGCCCCGCGCUCUUGCCCGAGUUAGGAAGCGGCGGGCUUUCCCGAGCGCGGAGGGUCCGCGCGCCCCUCACCGGGCGCCCUCCCCAGGCACCAUGCCCGGCCUGUACUGCCCCUCCAACUGGACGCCGCUGCCCCUCACCGACUCCUGGGUCCGGGCCUGCGCCAACGGCCCCUGCCUGAGCCUGCGGGCCCGGCUCACCUACCGCAACCCGCAGCCGCAACCGGUGGACGGUGUGUUCGUGUACCCGCUGGCCGAGGCCGAGGUGGUGUCGGGCUUUGAGGCGGAGGCGGCCGGACAGCGCGUCUCCUUCCAGCUGCAGAGCCGGCGUCGCUCGCAGGCGGCUUGCUGCCGCGCGCUGGGGCCCGCGCUGGGGGCCUCGACGCCCCGCCGCUGCGCGCAGGGUCAUCUUGUCUUGGAUCUGGCCCAGGCCCGGUCCACACUGGUGCUGCCCACCGGCCUCAUCACCCCGGCCGGCACCAUGACAGUGACCCUGUGCAGCAGCCGGGAACUGCCCUCAAGGCCUGAUGGGGUGCUGCAUGUGGCUCUGCCCUCCGUGCUCACCCCACUGGCCCCGCCAGGUCCGCCGGGCCCCCCCAGACCUCCGGGGCUCUGUGACGACAGCCCUACCAGCUGCUUUGGGGUGGGCAGCCCUCAGGAGGAAGGUCUGGCCUGGGAAGAGCCAGCUGCCCCUCCGGACGUGUUCUUAGGCCCUGCCCGCUGCCCUGCCCCAUACACCUUCUCCUUCGAGAUGCUGGUGACUGGGCCAUGCCUGCUGGCAGGCCUAGAGAGCCCCUCUCAUGUUCUACGGGCAGAUGCCCCACCUCACGCCAGCUCUGCAGCCACCAUCUGUGUCACACUGGCAGAAGGCCACCGCUGUGACCGGGCCCUGGAGAUCCUGCUGCACCCCAGUGAGCCCCACCAGCCGCACCUGAUGCUGGAGGCCGGCAGCCUGAGUUCAGCAGAAUAUGAGGCCCGAGUGAGGGCCCGCCGGGAUUUCCAGAGGCUACAGCGAAGACACAGUGACGGGGACCGGCAGGUGUGGUUCCUGCAGCGACGCUUUCACAAGGAUAUCCUGCUGAACCCUGUGCUGAUGCUGAGCUUCUGCCCGGACCUGAGCUCCAAGCCUGGACACCUGGGCACAGCUACACGGGAGCUCCUCUUCCUGCUGGAUGGCAGCACUGUAGCACACAAGGAUGCCCUUGUCUUGGCCGUGAAGUCACUCCCGUCCCAGACUCUCAUCAACCUGGCUACGUUUGGCACGGCAGUGCAGCCCCUCUUCCCCGAGAGCAGGCUUUGCAGUGAUGUGAGUGUGGUCCAGGAAUUUGGGGGCCUAGUGGAGAUGCUCAGCUCAGCGCACCCAGCCUGUGCCUUCUCUCUGCAGGACACUGUGAAGCUCAUCUGUGAGAGUGUUGAGACCCUGCAGGCUGCGGGAGGUCCCCCAGAUGUGCUGGCUGCACUGGAUUGGGCCAUGAGGCAGCCCCAGCACAGGGCCCACCCUCGGCAGCUGUUCCUGCUCACUGCGGCCUCGCCCGUGGCCGCCACUACCCACCAAACCCUGGAGCUCAUGAGGUGGCACAGGGGGGCAGCCAGGUGCUUCUCCUUUGGGCUCGGGCCUGCCUGCCACCAGCUGCUCCAGGGUCUGUCUGCCCUCAGCAGGGGCCGGGCCUACUUCCUGAGGCCUGGGGAGAGGCUGCAGCCCCUGCUGGUGCGGGCUCUGCGCAAGGCACUGGAGCCGGCUUUGAGCGACGUCUCUGUGGACUGGUUUGUGCCAGACUCGGUGGAGGCCCUGCUGACGCCCCGGGAGAUCCCAGCACUCUACCCCGGGGACCAGCUGCUCGGUUACUGCUCACUCUUCAGGGUGGAUGGCUUCCGGCCUCACCCCCCUGGGGGCCAAGAGCCUGGCUGGCAGAGCUUGGGCGGCUCCAUGUUCCCAUCCCCAGAGGAGGUGCCUUCUGCCACCAGCGCUGGCACUGAGCCCACUGGCACCUCAGAGCCACUGGGAACAGGCACUGUGCCAGGAGAGCUGUCCAGUCCAUGGGCUGCUGGAGACUCAGAGCAGAGUACUGAUGCUCUGACAGACCCAGUCACGGACCCUGGACCGAACCCCUCUUCUGACACAGCCAUAUGGCGUCGCAUCUUCCAGUCCUCGUACAUCCGGGAGCAGUAUGUGCUCACUCACUGCUCUGCCAGCCCAGAGCCAGGCCCAGGCUCCGCAGGCAGCAGCGAGUCCCCUGGCUCCCAGGGCCCUGGCUCCCCCGAGGGCAGUGUUCCCCUGGAUCCCCCCUCGCAGCAGGGCUGCCGCAGCCUGGCCUGGGGAGAGCCUGCGGGUUCCCGCUCCUGCCCCCUGCCUCCACCCCCACUGGCACCAGUCAAGACUGGGGCCUUGAGUGCGGAGGUGCUGAACCGUCGACACAGAGCGGCUCUGGCUGGCCGAAGCCUCUCAUCACCCCCCGGCCAGGCGAACCCAGUCCCUGGCCGUCCCCGGCACCCCUCUCUGGGUGCAGCACCGGAUGGGCCAGGCCCUGAGUCGGGGCAGCAGCUGGGACAAGGCCUGGAUGACUCAGGAAACCUGCUCUCCCCAGCGCCCAUGGACUGGGACAUGUUGAUGGAACCACCCUUCUUGUUCACGGCUGUCCCCCCUGAUGGGGAAUCCGCACCCCCAGCAGUGCCACUGCCUCCGCAGGCUCCACGCUGCCACGUGGUGAUCCGGGCCCUGUGUGGGGAGCAGCCUAUGUGCUGGGAGGUGGGUGUUGGGCUGGAGACACUCUGGGGGCCUGGGGACGAUGGCUCCCUGCCUCCAUCACCCCACGAGAGAGAAGGUGCUUGGGACCAAGCACUCCACCGGCUGACAGCAGCUUCUGUGGUCCGGGACAAUGAGCAGCUGGCUCUCCGAGGGGCUGAGACCAUGGCUGACUGGGGCCACGCCCGGAGGUCCUGGCUCCGCGCCCUUCAGACAAGCAAGGUCAGCUCUGCCCCUUCCUGCUUCACCUGCCCUGUAGCUGUGGACGCUACCACUAGGGAGGUCCUGCCCUCAGUGCUGCAGGUGCGGAGCUCAGAGCCAGUAGAGCCCCCAGGCACCCCUCCCGCCUCUCAGGGCCACCGAGAUGCAGCUCUGCCCACAGCUGUCCACUGUAAAGGCCUUCAGGGAGGCUCUCUGGCAAGUGGCUCACAUCCAGACCAGAAGGACAACUCCAAGUCUGCUGUGGAGGACCCUGCAGCCCCUGCCCGAGGGCCUCAUACCGUGUCCCCUCAGCCGCCUCUGAAGCUCAGCCUGGGCCAUCGGAAGUCCAGAGGCCCAGACAGCCGUAGACUCUGCAGCCCCCACACAGGCCAGGCCAGCGACGGCAACAGUGAAGGCAGCAACCAUGACUACUUGCCCUUGGUGAGGACUCGGGAGGUGGAGGGUGGUGUUGCCAGGGCCAGGGCACUGUCUCAGCUCACUCCUCCCCCCACCUCCUCUCUCCUCAGGUGCGACUGCAGGAGGCACCUGGCUCCUUCCGCCUGGAUGCACCCUUCUGCACUGCGGUGCACAUCCCACAGGAGCGCCUGUGCCGCGCCUCACCCUUCGCCGUGCACCGUGCCAGCCUUAGCCCCACCUCAGCUUCGUCUCCCUGGGCACUUCUUGGCCCUGGUGUCAGCCAGGGAGAUAGUGCCACGGCCUCCUGCAGCCCGACCCCCAGCUCAGGCUCCGAGGGUCCAGGCCAGGUGGACAGUGGGCAGGGUUCAGACACUGAGGCCUCAGAGGGGGCAGACGGGCCGAGUGGUGCCGACCUGCGGGGCCGGACCUGGGCCACAGCAGUGGCACUUGCGUGGCUGGAGCACCGCUGUGCCGCUGCCUUCGGCGAGUGGGAACUGGCAGCGGCUAAGGCGGACUGUUGGCUGCGGGCACAGCACUUGCCCGAUGGCCUUGACUUGGCCGCGCUCAAGGCUGCAGCCCGGGGUCUUUUCCUGCUGCUGCGUCACUGGGACCAGAACCUGCAGCUACACCUGCUGUGUUACAGCCCGGCGAACAUGUGAAGGCUGCCCACUGCUGGGGUGGCGUCCCCCAACAGAGUCAAGUCACUGCCACCCGGGCCGGCUUCUCGGUGCCGGUGCCGGGAAGGAGUAGGUUGGUGACAGCCUGCCUCCCACUGCUUCUCAUCCCCUUCCAAAACCCUUUAUCUCCCAAAGUGCCUGCCUGUGCUCUCUCCCACUCCUGCCCCCUGCUCCUUCCCCUCUGAGCUCUGUACAGUGCGGUAAAAGAGGAGAGAGCCACAGCCCCCAAAUCCUAUGCAAUAAAGUGCCUCUUAAUACCA